UUGUGUCCUGUCUAUGGUUUAACUUCCCAUGGGUAGAUUGUUGAAAGAAUCUGAGCUUUUAGAUCGCCAAGUUGGACUCAAGGUAAGGAAUCGAGCAGGCGCGGAGUGACGGCUGAUGAGACCACCGGCCGUGAUGAUGGCUGUGCGCGGGCCCAAGCAACAACAGCAGAGUCCAAUGGCGACUCAGAAGCACCCGGCUCAGAUAACGAGGUCCACAGAAACACAUAUGGUCUGUACACAGGACUACAUGACCUUUGAAGACGUGGCUGUGUACUUCUGCCAGGAAGAGUGGGAGCUCCUGGAUGAAGCGCAGAGGCUACUGUAUCUCGAUGUGAUGCUGGAGAACUUUGCACUCAUAUCCUCACUAGGUUGUUGGCAUGAAGCAGAGGCGGAAGAAGCAGCUUGUGCACCAAGUGUUUCACCAGCUGAAAAGCCACAGGUCAGGACUCCAAAGGAGGGCCUACCCACACAGAUGACUCAUCCUUCUGACAUCUGUGUCGCCAUCCUGAAAGACAUUUUACAUCUGAAUGACCUACCUGCGCAGAAACCAUAUUUGACUGAGGUGUGUGCAAGCCUCCUGGACCAGAAGCAUCAUAGAGCCAAGAAUUGGUUAAAGAGAGAUGUGGACUCCCUUGUGAAGAACUGUAUAUUUCAUGUAUCAGAGAAUCCUUUCAUCUGUAGUAAGACUGGAGAAAACUUCUCAGCUGUGUGGAAUCUUUUCCAACCCCAGGCCCUUCCCAACGGUGAGAAUCAAAACAAAAUUAAGCAUGGAAAGACCUUUCACACGAAUAAAAAUAAUUCUAAGUCAGAUGAAUAUAAGAAACCUUCCAGUCCCCAACACAGACUUCUUGAGAACCAGGGAGUCUGCAGUGAAAAGGAGGGGUUUGGAUCUAGCAAACAUAAGCAAGACUUAAACAAGUACACACUUGUACCACCCCAGACAGAGCAGACUGAACAAAGAUCAUAUGAGUGUCGCGACUGCGGGAAACUGUUUGGCCAAAAGGCCACACUUAGAAUACACCAGAGGCGUCACACUGGAGAAAAACCUUAUAAGUGUGGGAAAUGUGGAAAGUCUUUUUGUCAGAGCUCCAACCUCAGCGAGCACUGCAGAGUUCACAGUGGCGAGAGACCUUAUGAGUGUGUGGAGUGUGGGAAAGCCUUCGGGUGCCAUUCUAGUCUUCUCCGGCACCAGAGAACGCACACAGGAGAGUGGCCGUAUGAAUGCGGUGACUGCGGAAGACUGUUUAGACAGGUCGUCAGCCUGAUCACGCACCGGAGGACGCACACUACAGACAAGCCUUACGAAUGUGGACAGUGUGAAAAAUCCUUUAGUCACAGAGCCACUCUCACUGUCCACCAGAGAGUGCACACUGGGGAAAAGCCCUAUCGCUGUGAAGAGUGUGGGAAGUCCUUCAGCCAAAGUGCCAACCUCAUUAAACACUCCAAAAUUCAUACUGGAGAAAAGCCUUACGAGUGCGGGGAGUGUGGCCUCUGCUUUCGGCAAAGAGCCACCCUCAUGAAACACCAGAGAACCCACACUUCAGAAAGGCCUUACGAAUGUAGGGAAUGUGGUAAGUUCUUUAAACAAUACUUCUACCUCAUUGAACACCGUAGGAUUCACACCACAACAGAAUUUUAUGAGUGCGAGCAGUGCGGGAAAUCAUACACGCAAAAGGCCACCCUUGUCAGACACCAGAGAGUCCACACGGGGGAAAGCCCUUAUAAAUGCGAGGAGUGUGGGAAAGCCUUUGAAUACAAAUCCAGACUUGAUCGCCAUCAGAGAACUCACACUGGGGAAAGGCCGUAUGAGUGUGGCAAAUGCGGGAAGUUCUUCAGGGAGAGCUACAAUCUAGCUGAACACCAGAAAAUCCAUACUAAAGCAAAGCCUUACAACUGUGAUCAGUGUGGGAAAUGUUUUAGCCGGAGAGCGGAUUUGGUCAAGCACCAGAGGGUUCACACAGGAGAACGGCCUUACACGUGUGGGGAGUGUGGGAAGACCUUCAGUCGAACAACCAACCUUGUUCAGCACAGCAGAAUUCACACUGGGGAGCGGCCAUAUGAGUGUGACCAGUGCGGGAAAUCUUUUAGCCAAGUCUCUACUCUCACCCGGCAUCAGUUACUCCAUGCUGGAGAAAGACCUAAAUAUAGCAAAUGAAGUGCAUCUUAGACAGCCCUCUAGUAUCUCCUAAGACCAAAAAUGUCACAGAAAGGCAGAAAAUGUGGGAAAUCCUUCAACACAGGGUAGACAUCACAGCUCCUGGAGGCCUGCGCUGAAGACACCCUUAGACAUCCCAAGAGUGUUGCGUUGUCGUUCACUAUGGCAGACUAGAGCCUCACACAAGUCUCCAGAGGGGCAGAGUACUGUAUGAGCUCCAGGCAUGUGUAGUAUGUACUGAAGGCACCCUGCACGUUCCAGACAGCCAAUCUCCCUUGCCAGAACUAAUUAACUGCCAUCAUGUCUCCUAAAAAGUGUCUCUCAUCAAGCAACUUGCAUUGAGUGCAUAUUCCCCCAACAUAGUCUCCCCUUCCCUAGUGAAAGCCUCAGUUGCCUGUACCCUGCAAAUGACCUUAAUCCCUUCUUUGGGUCUGUUUUCUGCCUAAAAGAACCUGGUCUGGGUUUAUCUGGAGGCUUCAGGGAGGGCUAUCUUUUUUUUAUUCUCACACAACUCAUGUAGCUGUUUCUGUACUCCAAGAUCACUAGCCAGUAACCUCCUGCUGUUUCGUGCAAUAAUAAAAGCCUUAUGGUUUUUUUCGUGUACUUUUAAUCAAAAGUUUCUAUUCACAGCCUUAAGUGGGUAAAAUACUACUGUAGGCCCUGUUUGUAUAGAUUGGAACAGUGUUUGAGGCAGCUCCGUUCAUGUUUAAGUGGGGGUACUGUCAUGGGAAAGAGUACUUCUUACUUAUGUUGCUUUCCAAGACCUUUAGUGGAACAAAGCAGAGUGUUUAGUCCCAGCUUUUUGCCUCAAUGCCUGCUUUUGGUUUGUUUGUUGGAAGGAAGGUGUUUAGUUUGCAUUUAGACCACUGGUUACUUUGAAGGUCAGGUCAGUUGUUAGUGCUCUUAGAAAAACUUAAAACGUAUUCCAUCAUUCCUGUCGUCAUGAUCUGACAUGAUGUCCAAGAUUGCUGAAUAUUAAUAUGUACAUUGAUUAGUUGAGAGACAGAGUCUUUAUAUCUGAAAACAAAGACAGAGACCACUGGUAUUGCAUUCUGGAAAACAAUUUGCCCAUAUCUGUGUCCUGAAAUUUUCACUGAGUCUGAAUUCAGGCUGUGACAUAAUGAUUUCAGCUGCUUAUGACAGGAUUUACUAUGAGAAACAUCAGCAUAAAGCAGAGCAUGAAGAUUCAAAAGCUACAGUUUUUUCCAGGAACCAAAUGUGUUGGAGUUGCAGACAGCAGCCAUAGUUGCAAUGGGAACCAUAAAAGAAGCCAAGCACUUCAUUGCUAGGGCAUAGAAAAAAUACCUUGAAGGCUCCAGGCUGUUCAACUACAAACUCAUGGGAAAGACUUUCCCUUUUAAAGGGCACUGCUAAGGUUUUGUAAAGAAUUGCUUAGGGAGAUGCUUUCCUGGGUCCAGCUCCCAUAAGAAGGCUACUGCAGUUGUGAACCAAGGAGACUGGUUCUGCUCCAACUAGCAGCAUUAAUACCAUGGACAUAGUGUUCCUCUUACAGGCAGGCAGAACAGAAGUUAUGUUGUGGAGGCUUCUGUUGAGCCCAGAGAAUAGCCUGUGAUGCUAACUACUGUGGGCCAAGGUCAGUUUCCUCCAACGCCUCUGGAGAUUCAUGGAGCUUGAGAAGUUAAGACUGAAGUGCAUGUUGUAUGUCAGGAACAUGGGAUGUCUGCCAAGGAAAACUGCCAGGACCAAUUAGAACCAGUCCAAUAGAGUCUAUGCAGGCUACAGAAAAGAGAGUCUUAGGAAGAGGCAUACUCAAGUGUUUUGGAUCUCAGGUGAUGGCAGUGUGUGAUCCUGAUCCCAGGAAUGAAGCUACAGGAUUUUCAUUCAAAUGUUUGUUUGUUUUUCUCUCCUUUGUUCCCAUUAAUCCCGUCUGUGGUCCACUUCUUCCCUUUUAAAAUAGGAAUGGUUACACUGCACCAUUGUAGUUUGGAUUUACCUAACCUUCUUUUUGGCUCGGUUAAGUGUUUACCUUUGUUCUCAAAAGAAACUUUGAGCUUCUGAACAGUAACGAAACCAUUAAGAUUGAAGACAGUUGAAGUGGCACUAAGUACAUUUUGCGUCAUAAGAUGGCGAUGAGCCAUUUUAUGGUUUGGAUUUGAAAUGCCUCUCAAGAUUUAAAAAUCUGCUUCCCAGAUAGUAGUGCUAUUUUGGCAGAUGGUAGGGUCCACAGGAGAUGAGGCCCAGGUGGCAGGAGUCAGUCACUAGGAGCAGAUCUUUUGAAGGUUAUACCCAGCCCAUAGUUAAGUGGCUCUCCACCUGUGAGCUGUGAGCUCACAAAUUUACAUUAUGAUUUAUAAUAGUAACAAAAUUACAGUCAUGAAGUAGCAAAUCAUUUUAUGGUUGGGAGGAAUCACUACAAUAUGAGGAAAUAUAUUAAAGGCUGUCAACAUUGGGAAGGUUGAGAACCACUGGCCUAGUUGUGUUGGCUGCCUCUCUGCUUUUAUCAUCCUGUGAACAGCCUUUGCUGCCUUGAACUAAGCAGUAAUUUACCCCCACCCUAGCUUCCCAGUAGGACAUACUGAGCCCUUUGGAAUGGAACCAGAGUAAAUCAUUCCUUCAGUUCUGCAAAAUUAACAUGCUGAUGUAUAACAGAUGUGCAUUUAUGUGUACAUUUUUAUGGUAUAUGCAUUGAUCAGGUUAUAAAUCCAUAAGGCCUUCAUGAUUUCAAUAAUGUUUAUAUUCAGAGUUUCUCUUCUCUUGUGUGAUCUGGUUUCCACAGAUUUUUAAGUAUCUGGUGACUUGCUUUCCUUCAUAAUGACUUGAUUUUACAUGGAGCUUUUAGAAUUUUUAUUUGAAGAGAAUAAUAAAGUGCUUGCCAUUUUCUAAUUAUUUUCAUAUUGGAUAAUUGGUUUAGAUUUGCUAUUGUGCCUAUAAUGAACACAUUGUUAUUUUUAUUGUUAAGCAGAAUUCUAUUUGUUCAUCUGUUAAUGAUCAAGCAGCCUGUGGCCAGUUGAAGACAAUUAAUAAAGUUACAAAGAACA